AUGUCGCAGCUAGUGAAGAGGGAUGCUGAUACCGCAUUCGAGGGCAGUGCGAAUGGCAGUCCUCAUGCACUCAAGCGCCAGAGAAAGAGGAGAGCGCGAAAGAGCGAGGACGAGGACGCUCUAAAACCUCCGAAGACCGAGUCAUCUCCUACUGCGGUGUCAUCUGCAAAGCAAACGAGAAAGCAGGCCGCGAAAUUGCAAGAUAUUGUUGGCCCAACGCAAGUCUCAAAAGUAACAGACAAGACCGACAUACCACCAAAAUCCCAGGUGGAAGAGCUGAUGAGCAAGUCAGCUGGUGCAGAAGAUGGGCCAGCUGGCAAACCGCCUUCCACGGAAGAUACCACCAAGGCUAUAGUAAAGAAACCAAAAAGAGCUCAGCAGAAAUUCUUGCAAAUUGAGAAGAGAAGAGGGAAGCAAACAGAGGUGGAUAACAACGGGUGGUCUCUAUCCCCGAGCACGGGCGGCGUCUUUGUUGACCAGGAUCCCCUUUUGACGGACAAUGAUCAAUAUCUGAUUCUCCCGACGCACUCGGAGAUUCAUGUUUAUUCCACCAAAACCUCGCUGCUGGUUAGAAGCUUCCGCGUCGAUAACAAGUCCGAUAUUACAAGUUGCGCCCUCUCCUCCGCCGACCCAAGGAGAGUGUAUGUCACCAGCUCGCGAGGGCUUCUUUCUUUGUUCGAUUGGACAACAGGCGAAAAGCUCAGUCGUCAUAACACCGGACGGGGACUGCAGCAAGUGUUGCCUCUGACGUCCGUGAGUGGGAAAGAGACAAUACUUGCUUUACAAGACGUUCAAUCCAGCAAAUCCGCUCUCAUCUUUGAUGCCAACCUAUUCACCAAUCAGUUGAAGGAAAUAACGACGGUUCUCCACAGAGUUGGCGUUGCGCCCAUCAUCAGGUCAUUCGCCAGUGGAAGUGUCUUGAUUGCUUGUGCAGCAGACAGACUUUUGGUUGGUCAGUCACAAAUUGAUGCUGAUGGCAAGCUUUCAUUGGAUUACACCUGGAGAGAAGUGUCUGUCUCUGCACCGAUUCUAAGCUUCGACGCUCAGAUCAACGUGGGCAAAUCGAAAAGUGGCAGGAAGGUGCCUUUGGUAGAUGUCGUGCUCGGGUUGAACAGCGGGGUCAUUGUUUACUACGAAGAUCUUCUGUUCAAACUCAUUGGCAAGGAGAAAAAGAACUCGACAGACGAGAUAGUAGCACGCAAACUCCACUGGCACAGGACGGGGGUCAACUCGGUGAAAUGGUCUCGAGAUGGCAACUACAUCAUUUCCGGAGGAAACGAGACAGUGCUCGUCAUCUGGCAAUUGGACACGAAUCAGAGGCAAUAUCUGCCUCAUCUGUCGACCCCCAUUCUUGGAUUGACCGUCUCUGCUACGGGGUCAGCAUAUGCCUUACGGCUGGGCGACAACUCCGUCAUGGUCCUGUCGACGGCAGAUCUGCUACCCUUUUCGAGCAUCAGCGGGCUGGCCUUGGGAGAUGUCCAGUCGACUUCUUCCACGAUGCUACUGCAUCCGACAAGUGCAAAUCGACUCCUAGCAGCGGCCACUGCUAAUGCUGUCACACAUGGGUCUCGCCGAGGCAGAGGCUCGACUCUCCUGCAAGUCUACGAUCUCGAGUCCAACCUUCAACUCGGCCGACAGGCUCUGACGAGGAACAUGACAACGGCAAAGAACGUGGCUCCUAGUGGUGACAUAGUCAGGGAACCCAAUGUGACCCAUGUUGCUAUCAGCCACGACGGGAAGUGGUUAGCAACAGUUGACGAAUGGCAGCCGAACGAGCAAGACAUUGAGACAAUGUACAUUGACGCGGACGAUGCGUCAACACGAGGUGCGGCAGUCGAAACGACUCUCAAGUUCUGGCAUUGGAAUGAAGAUGAGGGCACGUGGGAGCUGGUCACUCGGGUUGAUGAACCUCACAAGCCAGGUGUUGGCUCUGUUCUCGGUCUGAGCGUCAAUCCGACCAAAGUCGAGAUUACUACUAUCGGUUCGGAUGCUUCUGUUCGACUGUGGACUCCCAAAGCGCGACACCGUAACGGCGUUGCUGUCAAGAACCAGUCCAACGAGCAGCUGUACACCUGGGCGACCUCGAAGACGAUAAACUGCGAAUCAGAGGCGCAGGGUCGAGCUGGACCUGCAACAUCUGCAGCAGUCACCUAUUCCGACGACGGUUCGGUACUGACGGCUUCGUGGUCUGGGCCAGCGUCGGCCCAUCGGUAUGUCCAGCUCAUCGAUCCUGCGACGGGCCAGAUCUGUGGUUCCCAACCGGACCUUCUGUCGCCGGGCGAGGGCAAGCUUGCCUUCGUAGGCCGUUACCUUGUCUGUCUGUCUCAGUAUCUCAACAUCUUCGAUACUCUGACCAGCAGGAUCGUCGCGAGUGUCGGUCUCGACCCAGAGUACGUUGCACCGGGUAGUAAUAGCCCAAGCCAUCUUGCCACGAACAAAUUGGACGGCACUGUUGCUGUCAGCAUUUCACGUGCUGACAAACCUCGAGCGACCAAACUGGUUGUCCUGAGUCUUCGCACAGGCGAGUUGAAGUGUGUGCACGAGACUUCCUUCACUGGGGCGCUGAAGGGACUGCUCGCCCUGACGACCACCCCAGGUUAUUUGAUGAUCGACGACAAGAAUCGGUGUCGAUCACUAAGACCAGCAGGGGCUUGGAAUGUCGGUCACGGCGGAUCGGCCGACGCACAGCAGGAGUCCGAUCUCGUCACGAGAAGCCUGGACAGUAUUUUCGGCAAGGGUCAUACGACUGCCGUUGCGGAGGCCUCCCAAGCCGGUAGAGAGCCGCAGAGACUGUUGACGGCCGCGUCUACGGAUGCUACAGCUACAAAUCCCACGUCUGGGGCCGGAGGUCUGGACAGCGUGUUGAAUAUCGUGUCCUCGACUCAGGCGCCAACCCCGGAGCAGCUGUUCCAGAGAGUGGUAGGAGUUCUAGCGCGGGCAUAG